AUGGGAGCAAACACAAGCACCGAAGAAACGAAUGAGGAAUCUAUUCUUCGUCAUCCACAAGAGGGGGAGGCUAGUGAUCUUUAUUGGGCUUGCCGAGCUGGUGACAUUGAUACCGUUCAACGGCUUAUUACGUUAACUCCCUACAUUGAUAUUAAUCGACUUGAACCGAAUGGUAGCACAGCUCUACAUGCAGCUUGUUUUUUUGGUCAUGCUAAUAUUGUUCGACUUCUUUUGCAUCAAUAUGGAGUUAUAAGUCAUCGACGAAAUUAUCAUGAUCUCACUGCCUAUGAGGAAGCAGCUACUGACGAGAUUCGUCAACUAUUUCAUCGUCCAUCAAGCUCACAGAGGUUCUGCAGUAGUACGACAUCCGAUGCCGAGCAUCUUUUUGCUCCGAACGUUACUGAGCAAUCGGAAGACGAAGAUGACGAGCCUGAUAAUUGGGUUCGAGGAGCAAAUAAAGAGGGAGCCGGUUAUCACUCUGCUUCGAUGGUAGGUGCUGCAAAAACACUGACUACAUCACCAUAUCUACAACCAUUAAUUCAAUAUCUUAUUCGUAGACAAUACAGUCGUUUUGAUGCAUACGACGAAAACACAGCGGCAGAAACUUUACGACGUCGUAUUGACCAGUACGUCACCCCAUCGCAUAUUCAAUAUCAUAAAGCAUGCGAACUUGUCUCAAAAUAUGUAAACACGAAAAAUGUGGAAUAUCUUUUGCGUCUUUACUCGCUUGAAACACCCUUUUACAGGAACCUUGGUAAAAAUGAAGAAACUGUUUGUUUCAUGCUUCCAAUUUUUUUUAAACUGAAUAGUUUGGAAAAUCGUGCCUACACAGGUCAGUCGUUUCGUGGUUUGACAAUGACUCCACAGGAUCUGCAAGCAUAUCAAUGGGCUUUCAAACAUAAAGGCAGUAUCUUGAUAACAAGUAGUUUAUGUUCGACGUCGGUCGACGAGAGCGUGGCUUGCAAUUUUAUUGGUGCUUCCUCGCCUGACAGAGUUCCCGUUUUGAUGGUGUUCAAUUUCCCAGAAAAGUGUGACACAGCAAUCCAACUCUUUCGUCUGUCUGACACUUUACCUUCCAUAUCCGAGUUUGAAAAUGAAAAAGAAGUUCUUGUUUUACCGCCAACGUUAUUUUAUGUCACCAACAUUGAAAUUGACCCAGCCAGUGGUCAACAUACAAUCUAUCUUGAAAACAUUUCAACACCACGGGGAAUUUUACCAGUAUUAAAAUUCUUUUGGAAUCUUAAGUUUGGUCAUGACGAAUAUGUAUUUUAAAAAGUUCAUAGCUGUGAAAUAAAACAAGAUGUUAGAAUAAUUGUGAUUCAGUCUAUAAAUACCAGCUAUUUUGAAUGGAUUUACUUUCGACAUUUUUAGUGAGCACAAAUGAGCUGAGAUAGUUAUCAUUUUGAAUUUAUUAAUGUGCUUUAUUAAAUAAAUUAAAAUGCAGAUAUUUUUUUCACAGCUGUCAAUGAAGCAUUGAGUUUUUUUUACUAAAGCAUAAUCCUAACAAAUAAUUCACAGUUGCAUUAGGUACUGGUACAAUUUAUGUUAUUUUAUUUUUAAUCAUAUUCUUCUAAAACAAAGUUUUUCUUUCUGACUUUACAGGUACGUUUCAAGAAAAAAAACUUGAAAAUCGUUAUUUAGAAGUGUAAAUAAGCAGAAUUUAAAAUGUUCUUCUUGGAGUUGUACAUGUUUCAUAAUAGUUUAGAUUUCUAACGAACUCCUGUAUAAACGUACCAUAGAAUAUGAAACAUUUUCUAGUGAUUCUUAAUAUAGUAAAAAGCUAACCAAACUCACCCGAAACUGAUAACUUCGGAUAAAACAUGUAUUGAACAAGGAACUUAAUUAUUUUCUAAUAGAGUUGCGAAAGCAAAAUCGGUGAAGAUUAAAACUAAAAUAUGAACUCGGCAAGAAUUCACUAAUGAAUUUAUGAGAUCGACAAAGAUCAUAAUACUCUAGAUUUGCAGUUUCAUUCUUGACGAAACCAAGAAAACAUGCAUGAUUAGCAUAAAAUUUCAAUGUUACGCAAAUUAAGUAGUGUAAAUAUGCGCAGACACAGCUAAUUCUGUUAAGAGGAUUUAAAAAUUUGUUGACAUCAAUUCGAAGUUAUUAAAAAUAUAGUUUAUUGGAUGAUUCAUCCCAUACAACCAUUUUGUACGGUCGAUUGUACACUGUUGGGAGCACUGGUCUGUACUAUGGAUCUCGAAUAUUCCUGCAGAUACGUAAAAAAUGAUGAUUAUCGGAAGAUCAAUUCGACGAACAAGUUAAUCGGGCAUAUCUCAAUCUAAAAUUAAGCCUAAAAUAAUCACUAAUGAGUCGAUAGAUACUACGCCAUUCCACAUCAAUGCAUUUCUAAAAUCAUCGCCCGAUAAAUAGUAAUUAUAUUCAAAUUAAUCUUGUGCAUGAUUGUAUCCGUAGAUUUUGUUCGUCCAGCCAAGAUAGUUUGAAUUUUCACGUAUGUUAAAUAUUGUAUCAAGUCAUUGAAGUCAAUUAUUGGAGGCUUUUCAAAUACUUCUUAUGGAUUGCUUUCAAAUGAGUAGAACAAUAUCAAACUAGUAAAAGGCUGAUAUUACUUCAUUUUAUUGAAAUACAGAUAAUACUGAUUGAGUUUUUGUAACAUGUUGUUAUUGAUCAGCUCAAAAUAUGAUAGCGAUACAUUGAAAAAUAAAAUUUUUAGUUUGUAACAGCUGUCUACAGAGCAAUGAUUUUGUAUCCUCCCAGGAGAUUCAAUCCGACUUGUGAAUUCAACCGGAACAUGUCGGUUACCAUUCCAGAUUGCGCCGGAAUCCGACAUCUUCCAUUAAGAAGUCUGUCGGAUCCUACAGGGUUUGCGUCGAAUUCCCAUCACCCGGAUUUCGAAUCGGAUUGCAUUGGAAAUCAUGCGGUCGAAUCCGGUCGUAACUGACAGCAUAUCUUAUCGUAUCAGUUAGGAACCGUCUUCCGAAAAGAGUCGGAUGAUCAAGGACCGUAAACUGGAAGAUGUCAGAUUUCAUCAGAUUCUCUGCAAAAAAACUCCAGCAUCGGAUUUUGCCGGAAGAGAUCCGAUCAAAUCAUGAUAAAUCCAAAAAUCGGAUUUCACCGGAUUUGAACCGUACUCUACCACCAUUUCAAACUCGACCGGGAUGUGGAUGUGACUCAACAGAAGACCCACGCCCCACACCCAUAUAUAAAAUUAGAUGAUAUUGGAAUGAUAGAGAGUUGUACUUUAAAGUCCUCUUUAAUUAAUAUCAUCUAAAGCUUUGCUCACACCUAUUUACAUACCUUCGUAUCCAUGGGAGGAUAUAUUCCACUGGCGCAUAAGUUCUGAGAGUUUGGAUGAGUAGAAUAAUAUCGCCAAUAUAAAACUACAUUUUAAGGAAAGUAAUUAUAUAUUCUGAUAGCGCUCGGAAUUCUCUAUCACCCUGUGUAUUUAAGUCUUGACUUCCAUUUAUUUGCUGAAAAAUAGUUUGAGUACAGUGAAGACACCCUCGGCCUCAGAUUCCCACAAACUUCAUUUUUUCUUCUUUUCUCAUGUGUUUUUAAAAUUUUUAUCUAUAUAGUAAUCCGUUUUUUAGAAAAGUAAUUAUAUAUUCUGAGAGCUCUUGAAAUGCUCUAGCGCUCUGUGUAUUCAGUUCUUGACUUAAACUUAUUUGCUGAGAAAUAUUUCGAACAUUGUCAAUGCGGGUGAGGAUGUCUUCAUUGUAUUCAAAAUACUUUUCAGCAAAUAAAUGCAAGUCAAGACUUAAAUACACAGGGUGAUAGAGAAUUCCGAGCGCUAUCAGAAUAUAUAAUUACUUUUCCUAAAAUGUAGUUUUAUAUUGGCGAUAUUAUUCUACUGAUCCAAACUCUCAGAACUUAUGCGCCAAUGGAAUAUAUAACUAUAGAAAAUCUAAUCCCUAUUGAAAAAUUUCUAACUAUCUAAGUAAAUCUCGUGUGUCUACUUAUAGUCAUCAAGUCUUUUUUAAACAGAAGUUUGAGUGAAAAAAUAAUGAAAAAAGCAAAUAUUUUGUUGUUUGAACGUAGCAUGUCACCUCAAACUUAAAAGACUUAUGUUUAUAAAAUAAAAAUCUUUGUCUACAAAUAUGCUCCGAACUAUCCACAUACUUCUAAACUAUUUCUUUAUCUGCAAUAUAUUUUGUGGAGUAGGUAUUUCAAUGUGUAUUCAUUGUUGUUUUCUAGUUACUGGUUGGUAUCGAAUAGAGGCUAAUGGGAUCAAACGGAAGUAUUUAUUUUUGUUUAUUUAAACAUUCCCAUUGAAGCAAUAUUUGCUAUAUUGAUUUUCACCAUGUUAUGAGCUAUUCGAAAUGGACAUAGGCAAAAUUAUUGUAAUGUCUUGUAAAAUGUCUGAUCAAUAUUCACAUAACAUGUAAUUCAGAUGCUUUUUUCAUAGUGAAUCAUACAGAAAAAGAUAAAACAUUCGAAAUUCUAUGAGAUAAAAUCAACUAUUCAUAUCAAUAAAUAUUUAGUCUACUCUGGUUUAAAUAACUGUCAAGGUUGUAAAAAGCUAUGUUCAUGUUUGAAUAGGACUAAUGUCCAUUUCAAAAUAAAAGAAGGGUGGUUGUUUUUCGAAUAGCUCUUCAACAGAAAGAGCUAUCGAUCUGCGAUUUUCACUAUUAGAAAGAGGCUGACAUUUUGCAUCGUUCUAUAUACUAGUUGAUAAAACUUGCUCAUAAUUUUAAUGAGCAGUCAGUGAAAUUCAAAGAAGUAGUUAAAGUGGUUUGAAAAAUGUAUGGAAUUUCAAUUAUAAAGAGUACGUUAGAUUCUCCUACUCAAGCUCUACAACUCUCCAUAGACUCGAAAUUUUUAUUUUGUAUUAUUCAAAAGGGUGUGGGUGUACUAUCUAUAAUGUUUCGUGAAAAUUUCAUUAGAUAAUUUUUUUUUUCAGGAUUCAAUGGAUGACUAUGAUCUGUAAUUAUAACACAGUUUGCACCAUCAAAACGUGCACGAUCCGCAUUAUUAUGUAAAAACUGAUCCUUAUUUUCUAAAGAUUUUACAAACGAGCAUGGUAUAGUAACAGUAGAUAUUUGUUUCUUUCUUUUUUUAUUGAUGAUGAUGAAUUAAUUCGUUGUUGAGAACAACGUCAAGCAUUCGUUUCGGUUUGUUGUUAUAUUUAUUAUUUGAAUCUAAACUCAAAUGGUAUUAAAGCAAAAACAACCAGCAUUUCUUUUUGUUUCACUAGCUUUGUUAAUGUGUUGUAUUACCUUUCAAUUGUAGUAAUCGAACAAAAAAUUCAAAACCUAUUAAAUUCAAUUUUAAUUGUGUUUUUUUUGCAAUUAAAAUUAAUCGAAUAGAAAAUAAUCCUAAGUUUCAAAUUUUCGUUUUUCAAAUUUUUAUUUGAAGAUUUAAUAGAACUUGUAUAUUCAGUUUUACUUUUAAUUAACUGCAAUGAAUAGGGUUCGCUAAAUAUUAGGUAUCACUAAUUCUAUGUAAUGAGCUAUAAUUUCUAGAGUUUGCAAGACAUAAUUGUUACUAUGAAUAUCAUGAGCAUUUUUUAAACUUGAACACACCAUCUAAUUGUCAGACAAAGUUGAAUGGAUACAAACUGGUCGAGAGGCAACAGCAAUGACUACUCGUAAGUGUCUUGUCUUCAUACACACAUACUCAUCAACUCACUUUACAUUUGGAAUAAACGUUGAAGAUGAAAUCUCCUUGAAAGCUUCUCAUAUAACACUUGAUAAUUACUUUUAAUAGAAAAAGCAUCAUAUCAUUCUUUAUACUAUGUAAAGCUUUAUAAAUAUCAUCUCAGAUCUAUCUCAGUCAAAAACUUCUUUAGCGAAAAGUUCAUAUCCUCUAGAUAUAUUUUAUUCAAUUAUUUUAGAUAAAAACAUCUGUAUUGAACAAAACCUCGUAUCAUCCACAAAUUGCAGUAACUUUUCUUAAAAUAAAAUAAUUUUCUACGUACACUUUCAUUGUUGAAAUUUUUUUAAAGUUAACUAUCAGAUUUAUUCAUUUUACAGAACAUUAAUUAAACCAAAAAUUUAGAACAAUUUUAUGAUAGUUAAAGGUAAUAUUCUUCAUAUUUGUAAAUGAUUAGCAAUUAUACAUAAUAUAGUUUGAUCAUGAGAUCAACAUCGUUAGAUCAAGUCACUUUUUCUAAAUUACAUGUGAAAAUCAUUUAUACUUCAUAUAUGAAUACAAAUAUUCAAUCAAUCCUAUCAACACAGUUCAAAUAAAUGAGCAUAAAAAUCUCAACAAAAACUAUUCACUUCAUAUGCAAAUCCUAGAACGAAUCAAGAUUUCAUACCAUUAGAAAUUAUUUCGUGUCUAUGU